CGGAGGUCCACAUAUGCUCUCUGUGCGGGAUCCGUGAGGAUUACAAGGAGGAGAAGAGGAGAAAGAGAAGGGGAAGAAAAAGGAGGAGAAGAACCCCGCUGCGCCCUUUGCAGCCUCAGUUCUGUUUGGAUAUAACCCGAGAGCCGCAGCACAAAGAGGAUUAAGAGAGGUGACGUCAUCAUGGAGGAGGCCAAGACGUGCGUCGUCUUUGGGGGAUUCCUGCUGCUGGCUUCACUCACUUCCGGUCUGUCGCCGCCGACCAUCGUGUCCAACGAAGAAGAGUUCGUGCUGCAGCCCCACUCCGUGUUCAACAUCAGCUGCACGGGCAAGAGGAACGUGGUGUGGGCGGAGCCGUUGCCUAGCAACACCUUCGUGCUGCCGGGCUACUACACGGCCACGCUGUUCAUCUACAACGCCACCGUGGACAACACCGCAUACUACAUGUGCACCUACGAGUCCACGGAGGAGGGCGAGCCGGAGGAGGACCACGAGGCGGAAAUAUACGUGUUCGUCCCCGAUCCCACGGCUCCCUUCGUCCCAGAGGCCCCUGACAACUUGCUGGUUGCCAUGGAGACGCUGGGCGUCCCCAUCUCCUGCCGGGUGUCGGACCCCAACUCUCACGUCACCCUGAGGAGCGUCCCCAGCGGGGAGGAGAUGCUGGCCUACUACGACAACAAGAUGGGCUUCUUUGGGACCCUCCUCCCCGGGCGGUACCAGUGUGAGACCACCGUGAGCGGCCGGACCCUCAGGAGCGACGUCUACACCGUGGAGAGCGAGUCCCUGGAGGAGGUGGAGGCCUCUGAGGUGGAGGCCUUCUCGGUGGAGGUGAGGGCCAGCGUGGAGCAGGUGCGAGCCGGGCGGCCCUUCAGCGUCUCAUGCGUGGCCCCCACCGGACCCAACUUCCACCAGCAGUGGCUGCACCCCAAAGAACAGGCGGCGGACGCAGUCCACACGAAGCAGACGCUCCCCGACCGCGUGGUCUACACGCUCAGCGUCCAGCGGGCCGCUCCUCCCGACGGCGGCGCCUACGAGUGCUCCGUCACCGAGGAGCUCAGCGGCGAGGUCAGAGCGGGCAGCGCGGCGGUCGCCGUCCUCGAGGAGGACUCCUUCGUGGCUCUGGACCCCAGUGGGAUCCAGGCCACCGAGUCGGUGGGCCUCCUGGAGGAGACGCAGUUCACCGUCCUCAUGGACGCCUCGCCGGCCCCCAAAGUGUCGUGGCAGAAAGACGGAGAGGACUUGAGUCAGAGCUACUACGUCCUCACCAAGACCAGCCACCUCACGGGCCGCCGGUAUCAAAGUGUGCUGAUGUUGCGACAGCCUCUCGGAACAGACGAGGGGAAUUACACCAUCACCGCCAUCAGUGGAGAUCAAAGGGAUCAGUUCUCCUUCAUCCUCAGAGUGAAAGCCCCCACCUCCGUGAUGUUCCCUCCCUCCUCCUCCGCCCCCGUGCUGCUGCCGCCGGUGGAGGAGCUGGUGGUGCCGCUCCACACGACCUUCACCCUGACGUGUCGGGGAGAGGCCCGGCUGGCGUGGAGCACGCCGCUCGCCGCGCAAGAGCAUGCGCGGGAGGACAACAGCGGCCUGUUCGUCUCCACCGUCGUCGUGGACAACGCCACGGCGACGCACACCGGAUACUACUCCUGCUUCUACGGGCACAACGCCACGGAGGACACGGAGGAGAGCAGCGUCUACGUCUACGUGCCAGACCCAGACGUUCCCUUCGUGCCGUCCCUCGUGCCCUUCGGUAACCACGUCCUGUCCGACCACGAGGACAUGGAGAUCCAGUGCCGCGUGUCCGACCCCAGCGCCAACGUGACGCUGGUGAACGUGGACACGCGGCUGCCCGUGGCGAGCGUGUACGACAGCAGGCGGGGCGCGCUGGGCGUGUUCACCGCGGGAACAUACUUGUGCCGGGCCGACGUUAACGGGGAGGAGCACGACAGCGGAGAGUACAUCGUCCACGGCUGGGCCGGUGGCGCCGCGCUGCACGUGGAGCUGAGCGCCGAGCGCACCGCCCUGCUGGUGGGCGACGCCCUCACCGUCACCUGCCUGGCCCGGGGGUCCGAGAUCCUGGAGGACCACUGGAAGUACCCGGGGAAACUGGUGAACCGCGGCGUGAAGACCGUGCAGGAGAACAAGCGAGAGCAGGAGAUCCGCUACACGCUGACGAUCCCCCACGCCUCCGCCAAGGACGGCGGCAUCUACUCCUGCUCCAUCACCGACAUCAUCAGCAACGAGAGCCAGACCAAGGAGAUCGCCGUGCGCGUGUUCGACGGCGAGUUCAUGUCCGUGUGGCCGGAGUUCGGCGAGUACGAGUCGGCCGAGCUGGACGAGGUUCGGGAGUUCAGGGCCGAGAUCAGCUCCUUCCCCGGCGCUCGCGUCACGUGGCUCAAAGACGGCGUGCCGCUCGGCGACGUGACGGCGGAGAUCUCCACCAGCCUCCGGCAGCUCAGCGAGACCAGCUACACGGGCGUUCUGACCCUGAUCCGGGCCAAGGAGGAGGACAGCGGGAACUACACCAUGCGGGUGGAGAACGGAGACCAGCGGCGAGACGUCGUGUUUAUCCUGGAGGUCAAAGUGCCCGCGGUCAUCCUGGACCUGAAGGACAUCCACCACGGCUCGGCCGGCGGUCAGUCCGUGGUGUGCAUCACGCGGGGGCGGCCGGCGCCGGUGGUGGAGUGGUUCGUCUGCAGGAACAUCAAACACUGUGCCAACGACUCCUCCGCCUGGGCGCCGCUUCCCGCCAACUCCACCGAGGUCACGAUGGAGUCGCGCAUCGACGAGGACGACAACCUGGAGAGCCAGGUGGUGUUCGGCCACCUGGAGAACACGCUGGCGGUGCGCUGCCUCGCCCGCAACGAGCAGGGCGCCGCGAGCAGGGAGGUCAAGCUGGUGGCGAGCGGCCCCCACCCGGAGCUGACGGUGGCCGCCGCCGUGCUGGUGCUGCUGGUCAUUGUCAUCAUCUCACUCAUUGUGUUGGUUGUUAUCUGGAAACAGAAGCCGCGUUACGAGAUCCGCUGGAGGGUCAUCGAGUCCGUGAGCCCGGACGGCCACGAGUACAUCUACGUGGACCCGAUGCAGCUGCCCUACGACUCGCGCUGGGAGUUCCUCCGAGACCGGCUGGUGCUGGGUCGCAUCCUGGGCUCCGGGGCCUUCGGGAAGGUGGUGGAGGGCACGGCGUACGGGCUGAGCCGCUCGCAGCCCGUCAUGAAGGUGGCCGUGAAGAUGCUGAAACCCACGGCGCGCUCCAGUGAGAAGCAGGCGCUGAUGUCGGAGCUGAAGAUCAUGACCCACCUGGGACCCCACCUCAACAUCGUGAACCUGCUGGGGGCCUGCACCAAAGCAGGGCCGAUCUACAUCAUCACGGAGUUCUGUUUCUACGGUGACCUGGUGAACUACCUGCACAAGCACCGGGACACCUUCCUCAGCCUGGCGCCGGAGAAGAGCCCGAAGGAGGCGGACGUCUUCGGGGUCAGCCCCGCGGACGAGAGCAGCAGGAGCUACGUGAUCCUGUCCUUCGAGAGCAGAGGAGGCUACAUGGACAUGAAGCAGAGCGACGGCACGCAGUACGUCCCCAUGCUGGAGAUGAGCGACGCCUCCAAGUACUCCGACAUCCAGAGGUCCGAGUACGACCGCCCGCCCUCCCAGAAAGAGGACGACGGGGACGAGCUGCUGGCGGCAGACAUGAGCGACGGCCUCAGCACCACCGACCUGCUCAGCUUCACCUUCCAGGUGGCCAAAGGGAUGGCGUUCCUGGCCUCCAAGAAUUGUGUGCACCGUGACCUCGCAGCCAGGAACGUGCUCCUCUCUCAGGGGAAGAUGGUGAAGAUCUGUGACUUCGGCCUGGCCCGAGACAUCAUGCACGACACCAACUACGUGUCCAAGGGGAGCACCUUCCUCCCCGUGAAGUGGAUGGCGCCGGAGAGCAUCUUCGACAACAUGUACACCACCCUGAGCGACGUGUGGUCCUACGGCAUCCUGCUGUGGGAGAUCUUCUCCUUGGGUGGGACCCCGUACCCGGGCAUGGUGGUGGACUCCAGCUUCUACAACAAGAUCAAGAGCGGCUACAGGAUGUCCAAGCCGGAGCUCGCCCCCGACGACGUGUACGAGAUGAUGAUGAGGUGCUGGAACAGCGAGCCGGAGAAGAGGCCUUCGUUCCAGGGCCUGACCGACUCGGUGGCGGCCCUGCUGCCCUCCAGCUACAAGAAGCACUACGAGAGGGUGAACCACGAGUUCCUGAAGAGCGACCACCCGGCGGUGACCCGGAUGUGCGUGAAGAGCGAGGACGACGCCUACAUCGGCAUCAGCGCCAAGAGUUGCAAGCCGAAGGACCGCGAGAGCGGCUUCGACGAGCAGCGGCUGAGCGCCGACAGCGGCUACAUCAUCCCGCUGCCCGACCUGGACCCCGACGACGAGUACGGGAAGAGGAACCGGCACGGCUCUGAGACCUCCGAGGAGAGCGCCAUCGAGAGCGGCUCCAGCAGCUCAACGUACGCGAAGCGUGAGGGCGAGACGCUGGAGGACAUCACGCUGCUGGACGAGAUGUGUCUGCACUGCAGUGACCUGGGGGAGGACAGCUUCCUGUGACCAGCACCAGCCAGGGGGGGGGCUGUGAGGACUCAGGAAACUAGAGAUAACAACUUGUUAAAUCAACCAAAAACUGUCCGUCUGACCCUCCUCGUCCUCCUCGUCCUCCGCCGGCCAAUCAGAGGACAGAACAAAACCAAAACCACUUCACUGCCGCCUGGAUGUCUGGACGCCGCCCCCUGCUGGGCCGGAGGAGCGAGGCGUGGAUGGAGAGAGCGACUCUUGAAGGACUGGAGUGAAGCCGAGUGUCGGACGGAGACAGAUUUAUUUUCUCAAAGAAAAAUCUUUAUUCUAUCGGAACAUUCUUCUCACAGCAAGAAGGGACGAGGUCGACUCAUAGGAUAUAUAUAUAAAUAUAUAUAUGUAACCACUACAGAAGCACUAAACUAAAGGAGCCCAACAGGUAGACCACCUCUCACUCACCUGGUGCCAUCUGGACUUUAUUUGUGUUUUUUUGUGUGUUUUCGCACGACAUGAUCAGUAAAUAUUCUGAUGUUGUUUUACCCGGAAAAAAACAUGCAGUAAUUCAAAAUGUAUUUUUGUACUUCAUGGUUACGUAAGCGCGUGUUAUUUGUGAAUAGCGUGGUUAGAGCGCCUCGAGUCGCCCGAGAACGAAGUGAGAUUGUAUUGUAAAUAGCUUCCAGAGUUGUUGUUGUUUUUUAUAAGAGAGACAGUUAUUUUUAUGUAAGCACAUAUUAUGCUUCUGAUGAAUCCACUGCAACAAAGCAAAUAUUACUCAUUUGCCUUCAUAUAGUGGGCGGCGUAUAGAAAUAUUCAUAUGUUAUCAUGUUUUUAAUGUGUGAUAUGGAUGGAAAUCAAUUUAGCUGCAGCAGAAAAGAGGAAACGUGGCUUCACCAGCAGGUGGCGUCCUCCGGGCGCACGGCUAGCAUCACACAGGAAGUUAGCUUCAUACGGGAAGCUAGCAUCACACAGGAAGUUAGCUUCAGACGGGAAGCUAGCAUCACACAGGAAGUUAGCUUAAUACGGGAAGCUAGCAUCACACAGGAAGUUAGCUUCAUACGGGAAGCUAGCAUCACACAGGAAGUUAGCUUAAUACGGGAAGCUAGCAUCACACAGGAAGUUAGCAUCACACAGGAAGUUAGCUUAAUACGGGAAGCUAGCAUCACACAGGAAGUUAGCUUCAUACGGGAAGUUAGCAUCACACAGGAAGUUAGCUUCACACGGGAAGCUAGCAUCACACAGGAAGUUAGCUUCAUACGGGAAGCUAGCAUCAACACAGGAAGUUAGCUUCACACAGGAAGUUAGCUUCACACGGGAAGUUAGCUUCACACGGGAAGCUAGCAUCACACAGGAAGUUAGCUUCAUACGGGAAGCUAGCAUCACACGGAAAGCUAGCAUCACACAGGAAGUUAGCUUCAUACGGGAAGCUAGCAUCACACGGAAAGCUAGCAUCACACGGGAAGUUAGCUUCACACAGGAAGUUAGCUUCACACGGGAAGCUAGCAUCACACAGGAAGUUAGCUUCACACAGGAAGUUAGCAUCACACACCAAAAAAAGAUAACAGGAUUAUUACAGGAAAUAAUCUGUGUGUUAAAGGGAUGUUUAUGAUUCUCGGAAC